AUGCGGCUUCUCAACGCCAACACGCAUAAGCUGGAAAGCUACGACGACGAGCAGUCUGUCCCGGGCGGCUAUGCCAUCUUGUCACAUACUUGGGGUAGUGAGGACCAGGAGAUAUCCUUCGAGGACUUCAAGGAAUUUCGUCGUGGGUUAGGGCCAUCCUCGUCAUCCUCGUCGCCGUCAUCCGAUGAUAUCCAGAAGGCGAGGGCCGCACUUCCCGAGUCCAAAAGUCCCGGGUGGGCCAAGAUAGACGGCACCUGCGACAAAGCUCUCGAAUAUGGCUACUCAUACGUGUGGAUUGACACCUUCUGCAUCGACAAGUCCAGCAGCGCCGAGCUGCAGGAGUCCAUCAACUCCAUGUUCCGGUGGUACGAAAAAGCGGCGGUAUGCUUUGCCUACCUUUCGGACGUUUCGUCGCCGGAUGGUGCUGAGGAACCUGACUCAGAGUUCCGGAAGUCGAAGUGGUUUACUCGCGGGUGGACGCUGCAAGAGCUUCUGGCCCCGUCGAGUUUGGAUUUCUUCGACAAGUCAUGGCGCAUGAUCGGCGUCAAGUCAGAUCUCUCUACGAUCAUCCAGGAGGUGACUGGCAUUAACUCCCAGUACAUUAUUGGAGUUCCCAUGUCAGCCGGCCUAUCUGUUUACCAGUGUCUGUCCCGGGCCAGCGUGGCGGAAAGGAUGUCGUGGGCUGCUCGCAGGCGCACCACGAGACCUGAAGAUCUGGCAUACUGCCUGCUGGGAAUAUUCGAUAUCCACAUUCCCAUGCUUUACGGUGAGGGCCUACACGCGUUCAAAAGGCUGCAAGAGGAGAUCAUGAAGGUGACGGACGACACGUCCCUGUUUGCCUGGGGACUGGGGAGGAUUUGGAACUCGUCAGAAGCGUCGAGCAUCCUGGCCCCGGCCCCAGAAUACUUUGAGCACUGCUCAGACAUCGACAUCAUGGACCUCGUCGACUUCAAGCGCCCCUCAUUUCACCUGUCACAGCAGGGCCUGGUGGUCGACCUGCCGAUAGUGCAGGACCGAAUGUUUGACAACAUCUCCUAUCUCAUCCUCCACUGCGGCAUCGCGUCCGAUUCCGGCCAAAAAAUCAGCCUCGUCGCUGUCCCCAUCGUGUCCACUCGCUCGGCAGAGUCCCACCGCGAGUGGGACGCAGAUGGGAAUUUCGUCAGGCCCACCUGGUGCACCCCCAAGCUCGUGUCGACUGCCUUCCUCGACGCGGCGACGACGGCGAGGGCGCUCAUCGUCAGGUCGUCCCCGGCCAACGACCACCUGUGGACCAUUCCGAUCUCCCUGAAGGCGCCGCAGAAGACCCCUGACAACACGCAAUGGAGGCUCCUUGGUCUUUAUCCUCCGCAACCGACCAAACAGGGAGGGUGCCUCGUGUCACUCUACGAGUUCCCAUAUGUCGCCCGCGCGAGCAGUCGGCAGGUCCACCUCGUGCAGCUGUCGGCCCCCACGCCUCAAACUCCCACGCAGCCCUCACGGGAUUCGAAGUUCACCCUGCCGCCCAAGGACGGCAUGGUCUCCCUCCACAUCGACACAGAACUCGGCGCCUUCCUCUUGCUCCUGAACUACGAGAUCGCAGGGCCGCGGCAGAUGAAGUCUGGCGGUUCUGUGCUUUCCUUCGGGUACUGGUCCUCACUCAAGUCAAUGCGGUGCCGUCUGUUCCCUUGCCCGAGGGACAGGGAUGCCGAAGGCGUCCAGAAAUUCGUGGCGAGGAUGUCUCAGACGUCCGAGGGAGUAGGCGAGAUUCCGUCGGUAGAUGUCGACGGCGACGAGUACAGGGCGCGUUUCGCCCCUCCUGGCUUCGGCGGAUACCUGGACGUGUUCUGGGAGACGACGCCCGUCCGCCAGGAGGACCGGCGCCGAGGAAGGACCGGGGACCAGAUCCACCGUAUCAGUGUUGUUGAGAUAUUCGUCACGAAGGGAGUAACCAAUACGUUGCCACUGGUUAAAAAUGAGUAG